AUUGUAAAAUUUAUUUUUUAAUUAUAGAUAACUACAAUCGGUAUUUAAUUGUAUAAUUCAGACGUUUAAAUUGGAGCUGGUAUUCACUUGCGAUGUUGUAGGUGUAAUUAAAUCACUGCUGCAUAUCCAUUCUUAACAGACACCACGCCCGUCAUUUUUCAUUUUCUGCUGUUUUUCUUUCCUUUCUUACUCUCUCGGUCGCUUCUUUUCUCUCUCCUUCUUUCUGUUUUCUUUUCCAUUUCAAGAAACGAUCACCUUACUCUUCUCUUUCUAAACACGAAACCAUAAGAACAGAAAACCGAAGAAACGACUGUUUGAUGGUCCAAUGGAUCUUGACGAAAGAAAAUCAUCGUGUGGAGAUGAUGACAAGAGUAAAAACGACUCCAAGAAAAGUUGUACUGAUUGCAAGACUACCAAGACACCUUUAUGGAGAGCUGGCCCUGCUGGCCCCAAGUCGCUCUGCAAUGCUUGUGGAAUCAGAUACAGAAAGACAAAAAGAGAUAUUUUGAGCUUUCACAAGAGUCCAUUUAAGAGAAGAAAAAGACCGAAUAUCACCGCCGCCACCCCAUCUAGCACCAGCACUGCCACUACCUCAGCCACGACCAAUGAAGUGAGGAAUUCAUUGAAGAUGAGACUAAUUGUGGUGGACCAGAGCAUGCUGUUUCAAAGAUCAAAAAUAGUGAGGAAACAGAGGUGCCAAAGGAGAAGGAAGCUAGGGCAGGAGGAACAACAAGCUGCUUUUUCUUUAAUGGCUUUGUCCUGUGGCUCAGUAUUUGCAUGAAAUAGGAAACAGCAGAAAUGACACAGAAUAGGGAGGGAUAAAAGUUGAACAAACCCUUACCCACUUACCUUUUUGUUUUGUCCUUUUUGAAGGAAUGAGAUAUGCCCUAUCCAUCAUGUUUGGGCCUGUUUUUUUCCUUUCUUCUUUUCUCUAUUUUAUAAAGGAAGAAAUGAAGUAAAAGGGAUCGACAUUCCUGUUAUUAAUAUUAUAUAAUAUUAAUAUAUACAGUGGAGACAGUAUAAGGAAGUUCAGUUUUAUUA